AUGAUUAUUUAUGCCUUAUUUUUAAGAAUUCAGAAUUUGAUUAGAAGGUUUAUCAUUUUAAGAAAAUAAAAGCGUCUUGGACUAGCUAUUAAAAAAUUUGCGUUCACUAAUUUUUCUUAGAAACAUCCAUUAUUGAAGGGCUUAAAUAUGCCUCCUAAACUAACAUUUUUGCUUAAAUAACCUGAUUUGCCAGUAAUUGAAGAGUUGCCAGAGGAUGAGAAAUUAGACUACGAAAGUGAUAGAGGCUUCAUCAACUUAAUGAAUAGGAGGAAAUAUCCACCUAAAGAAAAAAAAUAUUUAUCAGAGCAUUUAAGAUAAAGAAUCAACAAAGUAGUUACCCUAGAUACAAAUAGAAUAGGAAUAUGA